AUGGGUAUCACCGAUUUCUUCUCGGACCUGCUGAGCUCCGUUUCCUUCGUGCAGGAAGUGCACGCCGAAGCUCCCGCCGAAGAGGAAGACUCCAACGAAGGCAGCGAGGACACAAAGGAGGAAGAAAGCGGUGACGCAGAAGAAGAGGAAGGUGGUGAAGAAGGUGGUGACGAUGAAGAGGAGGAAGAAGAGGAAGAGGAAGAGGAGCCGGUCGACCCGAAACCCAAGCUUGAGGAGGACUGCGCCCGCUCUGCCCAGUGCGCUGGUUUUAAGCAUCACUUUGACGAAUGCGUUGAGCGAGUCACCGCUGCCCAAGAGGACCCCGAUCACAAAGGCCCCAAGGAAGACUGUGUUGAGGAAUUCUUCCAUCUUCAACAUUGUGCGACGCAAUGCGCUGCCCCCAAGCUGUGGAAGCAGCUCAAAUAG